AUGGUCCAAUUAUCUCCCGACCUCGGGUUGAAGGUCUCUGUGGGAGUAUUCCUUAUAAGCUCCCUAUUCCUUACUACCUCAUACAACACCACGUUCGCUUUUGAUCGCCCUGUUAGUACAUCAGUUCUGGUCUGUUUCCUUACCGGGCUGGUCCUCUUGCUAUGGGGUCGCUUUGUUCCAUCGGUGUCGCAACCAUCGUCGCCGACAUUCAAACGACCGGGUGCCCCCCUCGCGGAGCAGUAUGAGCUUCCCUCACGCGCCUCGACCUCGUCGUUCACAUUUGGCGAAACUGAAAAUCGUCCUUCGUUGCGGAACCGAUCGUGGUGGAUAAAACUAAGCCUAUUGGUUGGGCUGGGUGGCUUGCGAGUCGAGUCUUUCCGUCAAGUUACUCGACACAGCGAGUGUGUGCCCUCUGGAUAUGCUUAUGCCAUUCCGUUCGUUAUUUCGCUCUACGACUACUGGCGUAACCAGCGAUCGCGACAAGUGGAGACGUAUGUUCCUGCGCAGCGGUUUCUCAAGCUGCCGCUGCAGGUGACCUACUCGGUUUGCCGCCGGAGCUUCCAUUAUCUUACACAGAGCCGCUUUAGAGGCGUCAUUGCAGCUGCCUUCCUAUCGAUUAGUGGGCUCCUAGCUUCGUCAUUCUCAGCCGGAAAUCGCUCGACCUAUAUCUGUCCUGUGGUGUUACAUGGCGCAUCGCAAAUGCGAUUUUUUAGGAUCUUCAAUGUGUUUUCAGACUCUGCAUUACUGAUUGGGAUAACUGAGUUAUGCCGAAUUGGCAGUCAAUUCGACGAGGCGCGGAGAAAGCGCACUCUGAUGUUCCUUGGAGCUGGUCUCCUUGGUCUUUCUGUGUUCUGGUGUAUCUUAGGACUCAAGGUAUCAGAUAGCUCACCCGAGCUCGCUGGGCAACCCACUUUGGAUCUCGAAUACUCGCGUGGUGCUUUCAGUCAAGCUGUGCUAUUGCUGCUCCUGAUCUUAUCAGCUUGGCAUAUGUUACCACAUUUUGACAUUGUUGGUGUGGCAAUCAUUGGUGGUUUUAUAGUUAUAUACUUCUCUUCUGUGUCGGCCCUUGUGGGUGGACAAUCGUCCUACCCAUUCAUCUCCCUAACACACUCGAUUCUCCCGAUGGUAGCAUCUCUAACGGGCGCCAUCCUCUUCCUCCUCGCGCGAGUGGUCCACGACGAAGAAUACAAACCCCUUUAUCGCACCAACAUUGCUGUACAGGUACUUUUCGUCAUUCUCUGUGGAAUCAGUCUGGGUUUCGCAGUGAACAAGCAUCGCGUUUCUCCCAUCCACCCAAUUGAUUUCCUCCUACACGACGGCAGAAUUCAGCAUGACAAUUAUAUGGCCCAGGCUUCUGUGAGCAAGACCCUCCAAGAUGCUGUUGGGGAAUACCGGAGUCGAUAUAACCAGCAUCCGCCACCUGGUUUCGACAAAUGGUAUCAAUACGCCACUAAAAAGUCGUCAGUAAUCAUCGACGAUUUCGAUCAAAUUUAUCACAACCUACUUCCUUUCCGAGCCCUGGCUCCCCAGCAAAUACGGGAAAUGACAUCUCAAUUAGCAACCAACCCGUUCAAUGAUCUUGGCGCUAUCAGCAUCCGAAAUGGCAAGGCUAGAGUGCAAGAAGGGAUUAAACCGACGCAUGCGUGGAUGGUGCAGGGGGCUGCCGAUAUGAUGGAGAACUUUGUCGAGUUUCUCCCGGAUAUGGACCUGGUGUUCAAUUUGAACGAUGAACCGCGUGUUGCAGUCCCCUGGGAGAAGAUCUCAAUGUUGAAUCGCCGGGCUCAGAUGCAGCAGAUGGCCCCCGAAGAGCACGCAGUGAAUGCUUGGUCGAUGAAUAGACUAGAGGGUUGGGGUCCAAUCGAACCCGCCGAUCUGACCAACACCACCAUCUUCACUGAUGGUGCGUGGAGAGGUGUCUUCGAUCCAUAUGUGAGCGCUGUAUGUCCACCUUCAUCCAAGGCACGUUCGCAGAGAAUCUGGAACCGCCGUGAUAUUUGUUUAUCAUGCGCGGGUCCUCACUCCAUGGGCCAAUUCCCACUGGACUUCAAUAUCGCCUCCGAUAUCUGCCACCAACCCGACCUCGCGUUCAUCCACGGUCUCCUCAUCUCCCCAGCCUCAUUCAAGGUCUCGCAAGACCUAGUCCCAGUCUUCAGUCAAAGUGCCCUAUCCGGCUUCAACGACAUCCUCUUCCCUAGCCCAUGGAACUACAUCGACAAGGUCAAAUACCAACCAACAGACGAACACCCCGACCCAGAAUAUAGCCACAAGAAAACCUCCCUCUACUGGGUCGGCAGCACAUCAGAAGGUGUCAGCCGCUUCGGUGAAUGGAAAGGCAUGCCCCGGCAGCGCUUCGCCCACCUAAUAAACAACAACACGAACAACCAAGUCUCCGUCCUCCUCCCAACAAACGACGGCACAGGCACCUUCCGCUACGAAAUAAUGGACGGCGCCGCCCCAACCGAAACCCUCCACCUCCAAACAAACGUCCACCUAGCCGACCCGAUCGUCCGCUGCGGCGACUGCGAUGAACAAGCCGCCGAAAUGGGCACAGUAGGUUGGGCCGACUUCCAAGCCCACUGGUCCCACAAAUUCCUCUUCGACCUUGACGGCGCCGGUUUCAGUGGCCGCUUCCUCCCCUUCUUACACAGCCACAGCCUCCCCCUAAAGACAGGCCUCUUCAGACAAUGGUUCGACUCCCGCGUCACCUCCUGGCUACACUUUGUACCCGUCGACAUCCGUCUACACGGGCUAUGGAGUACGCUCGCUUAUUUCGCGGGUGUCCCUGCUCCGGCAGGCGAUCAGGGUCCUGGUCCUGGUGCCCCGCAGGUGCGCAUGAAGGCGCAUGAUAAGCAGGGCAAGGCAAUUGCCGAGGAGGGACGAGAAUGGGCGCGCAGGGCGCUCAGGAAGGAGGAUAUGGAGAUUUAUUUCUUUAGGCUUUUGUUGGAGUGGGGGCGUAUCACUGAUGACCAGCGUGAUGUCCUUGCUUAUAAGCCUUGA